UACACCGGAAGUUAUAGAAGAAGAAGAAGAACAUCCAAAACAAACCUUCCACACGUGGCUUCGUUAUUCUGUUAAAACUACAAAUCAAACUACAGACUGGACCGAGAUGGACGAAGAUCAGACGGCGGGGUACAGGGAGCCCUGCACGGUGUGUUCAGCCGUGGAUUGGGGAGUUUCAGACGAGGGUCGCUUCUUCUGCAAGUCCUGCCACAACGUCAUCGAGAGGAGCAGGGAGGUGGUGGAAACGACCUUCACUCCUGGAGCCAGCCGGAUCACCACCAUCGGCCGAGGGACCCGGACCAAGAGGACGGAGGGUGGGCGGCAGUGGAAGGUGUGUGAGGGGUUCCAGUUCAUCCUGAAGAACCAGGCCGACGCGCUGCUCUCACUGGGAGUCACUCCGCUCUUUAAGGACGCAGUGCUCUGUCCGCUCUGGAGGAUCUUCUUGCAGAAGAGCCGGCAGGCGUACGUCCACGACCCGCUGCCGAGCAGCAGCUUCAGAGUGGGCGACUCCGAGGCGUCGGCCAGCGAGACGGAGACCAUCGCGUCGAGCGCCGCCUCCCUCGCAG